AAUUAUUGCAAUAUUGAAUGUAAUAGCUACAUCCUAAGCUAAGAGCCUCAUCUGUAUAAGAACAGGGAGAGCAGAAAUCGAAAUUUCCAAAUAUUCUCACUCCUACAUUUGCUGAUUGGAAAAUUCCUAGUGAUGUUAGGGCUCAUCCAAAAAUAAGCAGAAGAAACCCUCUUUUCAAAUUUGGACUUAUUCCACCAAAAAAAGCAACAACACCUUCUUCAUAAACCCAUUAAAAACCUCAAGAUUUUAGAGGACUCAAAUCUGAAGAACAAAGUCAAAGGAUUAAAGAAAUCAUAGUUGAAGAUAGAGUAAGCACAACAGAAACAAAUAAUCUUCAUUAGUUUGAAUCUGAAAAAAAAUAUCUUCAAUUAAGAAACAGAUCCGUAAGUGGACCCAAGCAUUCUAAUUAAUUGGUAAGUAAUUUUAAUUAUUAACCUUUAGUUAAUCGAAUGUAAAUAAUUAUUUGAUAAUCAAAAGAAAGCUUUCGAAGAAAUUCUAAAAUAAAAUAGUCUCUACAAUAAGUAUUAUAAAAUUAUUGACAAAGAAUAAAAUAUUACAAAUUAGAAAAUUAUGCAAAUUUUUAACUUAUAUAAAUGA